AGCUUUGCGCAUGUGUAUGGCUAUAUUUACCAUUGCAGCAAAAUGGCUGGAUUCGGCGAUCACUUGGCCAUCGGAAUAUGGAAGGUUGUAAAUGUACAAGGUAUAAGCAAAGAGGGUGCAAACACUGCAAGUGCAAACGAACUUCAAGGAUGUAUUUUCCAGAUGACUGAUUCAGGGGAUUUGCUAUGGAGUGUUCCAAACGGACAGGAUGUGCCAUACUUAGCAGCUACCUUUGAUUUGUAUGAGGUUUCUGGUAAUAAAAUGUUCCACCACAUAGAAUGGAUCUCCAGUGUCAAAGGUUAUAGUGUUGAAUUUAGUGCAAUGUUACACAAGAGCAAAAACAUGUUAAUCUUGACUUUUGGUGAUGAAUUCAAGCUGCUGUGUGAAAGGAUGUUGGCAGAAGUUGAUGUCAAUGAUGAACCACUAACUUUACUUCCAGCACUCAGAGAGGGUUUCUUUUCAGAUGUGACAAUUGUGACAAGUAAUAGUAAAAAGUUCCCAGCUCAUUUAAUCAUCCUUGAGGCUGUCUGCCCUCAGCAGAACUGGAGAAAAAAACCAGGGCCUCUAUGUGGAUUGUCGGAGGACGUCACUCGGGUCAUUCUACACUACGUGUAUUCUGAAUGUCUUCCAGCUGGUUUGGAGGUUGAGACUGUCAAAGCAUGUAAAGCCGCGGUGUCAAAGAUGGAAGGCUUUGAUAGUUUGGUUAACUUGUGUGAAAUUUUUAUUCAGAAUAUGGCUGUUAAAAAUGAUAUUAUAUCGCAUGUUAAUGAGAUCCAUGAAUGUUCACAACGAAUAAUUAACAUAUUCCAAGGACGUGGUAUUGGUGGGGAGGGGGGAAGUGCCAGUAGUAACCCACUCUCAGACCCAUCCAAAUUCUGCUAUGUUUUCAAACAAGGCAUGCGAGAAGCAAUGCUAGGUGGCGUAAACUUUCUAUUAAUAUGUGAUUUAUUCUGUCGAAGACAGAGUGAGUUGUCAAAGGAGGAACGUCAAGUUAUAUUUACAUACACCAAAUCAAGGUUGCCAGGUUUUAUACAGCAAUUGAAACAAUUUGUCCAGAUUUUACAAGAACAGUUUUCUCACAAUAUGACUCCAUCACAACGUCAGGAAGUAGCCUUGUACCUUGUGCCUGAGAUUGAUAAAGUUUUGAAAAAUGUGACCAGAUUUGCGAUUGAUGUUAAGCAAGCACUGGAUGAGGUUCUCAAAGCAUCAUAUCAGCAGCUUCCAAAGCCAAAAAAGGGUGAUUUUCUAAGUCGUACUGUGAAAAAGGCAAUUCAUGCUAAAGAACUACUGAAGAUGGAAAGUGUACAAGACCGAGCAUCAGAAUACUUCAAGACCUUGAAAGUGAGGAAGCCGAGGUAUGAGGGAUUGGAAGAUGAUCAAAAGAAACAUUCCAUCAUUAAGAAAAUGGAACAGAUUAUAGAGGAGUUUCCACAUGCCCUCUACAAAAUAGAGAAACUUGCGAUGAAAAUUAGCAGUGACUUAACUAUGAAGACUUGGAAGUUCAUGUUUAAACUGGGAACAUCAAAAGUUUCCUGGGCAUUACAACAAGCUUCUAUGGAUAAGCCCAGCCUAAAACCAAUCCUGGAUCACAUGUGCCGAUUAGUGAAACACAAAGAAUUUACAGCAGGUCUGGUAAAGCUAGGCCUGCUUUCAGAAGCCAACAGAGAGACAGAAGACUCUGUGACAGAGGCCUGUGCUGGAGGGGCUGCUGCUACCACUGCCUGUAGCCCUGCAAGGUCCCCAUUAAGAUCAAUAGAACAGUCUAGGAUAUUGGAUGCACUUUGUAGUACUCCAAGUUGCAGUAGUAGCAACCUGGCUAAGUGCUUGGGAAAGCUCUUGAAAAAUCCCACAAAUACAGAUAUGAGAUUCGAGGUAAUCUGUAUAAAAGAAGAACCUUCAGAUGUGGUGGUAGAGCAUUCAAAGGGACGAUCCCUGGAGAGGCACGGAACAGAACUGGAGGAACACACUCAAUUGAUACCAGCCCAUCGAGUUGUCAUUGCUUCAAGGUGUGACUGGUUCCGUCGAGCCCUGCUUAGUGGAAUGAAGGAGAGUAUUGACAGGAAAAUUUCUGUUCAUGAUGCAGAGCCGGAAUUGUUUUGCCAGUUUUUAGGAUAUCUGUACACUGGACAGUUAAAAACCAAGCCACUAUCAAUCCACCAGCUUGCUGAUAUGCUCUCACUCUGUGACAGAUAUGAGGUGGAUGAUUUAAAGACAACCUGUGAGUGUGCGUUACGAGAGCGCAUUGAUGAAGACUCCGCCCUCUUUAUGUUGAGCUUAGCCGAUCAAUUCCAUGCCAAACACCUACGAGAAGCGACAUUGAGGUAUGUGAUGAUCCAUCCAAGUAUAAUGCAGUCAGAUGUCUUCGAGGACUUACCUGACCAUCUGCAGGAUGAAGUGAACAGUCUUGUUAGGUGGAGAACUAGCGACUCACUGCGAGAGAGCCAGCUGGCAGCCUUUGACUCUGACUCAGAUGAUUCCACCAGCUUCAACAUCAACAUUCCUCAAGUUCAUUACAGCGAAUGUAGUUACGGUGAAUCGUUCGAGUCUUCUUCAGGAAGUGAAGAUGAACCAACUGAAGAGUUAAACUCUUGUAUUGAAAAGCUGCGCGACAUCUGUGGUCCAGAUAUACCACGUAGCGCCCUCGUCGGCCUUGUCAUCGCUGCAGACUAUGAUGUCAACAGAGCAGCCAACCAUUAUUUUGCUCAAAAUUGAUGCUAUAAGAAAUUUGAUAAAGACUGCCCUUUUGUAGCUGUUCGUUUCCAAGUAGAUUGAACAUUUUUUCCUUAGACGAUCCAACUUACCACGGAGAGGGUAGGAAAGUUAUCUCACUCAUAGACUACCAACAUCACAAUCGAUUUUUGUAAUUUGUCCAAACAUGGUUGUUUAAAAAAUGGACACUGAGAUGUAAUUUCUGGUAGUAAUUAUUCCAUAAUAGAAUAGUUUCUAUAAUCUUAUAAUUUAAAUAUAGUAUAAAACAAAUGUGGGCCGAAUUGUUUGAAGGCUGAAUUGGUUAUGAGCUGAGCUGGGCAAAUGUCAAGGUAGCAAGGGUGGAGUUGGCAUGGACAAGUUAAGAAUGGCUGAGUUAGUGUAUUGGCUAAGUUAUUAGCAGAGGGUGAUUUGGCCAAGGGACAAUUAUGAACUGAGGUGUGAUAUGGUCCAAUUUUGCGUAAUGUUUUGUGUAGUAUAUGUUUUUCUUAAAACCUCCAAACACAGCAUCUUUACUGUAUAUAUGGGCAUACAACAAUUUUCAUCAAAGAAAAUUUGAUAAUCUUGACAAAGAUCUAGUAAAAAAAGAUCAAAUAAGUUACCAACUUUCAUUGAGACAAAGAAAAACAAUCGUUUUUAUUAAUUAUUGACUUUUUAACUACAAAAAAAAAGAAAAAACAAAAAGAAACCUUUUAGUUGAUUGUUAAGAAGAUUGUUAAAUGAUGACUGAUAAUGUAAGUUAAAAGAUAUGAAAAUAAUAUAUAGAAAUUAUAUUUAUUUCAGCUGAAAAUGACAUUUUACAAAUCAAAGCCUAAGUGCCAGAUUGCGUAUAAUUACCAAUAAAUCAGUUUAUAGUUUCAAAAGUCCCAAAUGUUCGAGAAACUGCCGUAGGCAAGCAGGAGGUUGUAAGAUUUAGAUUCAAAUGCGAAAGAUCGUGAGAUUCUUCAGGAAUAGUAAUUUGUUGAAAUACUGUAUGCGACUUGCAAACCAGUUGGUUUUCUUUGCUGUCAUGGAUAUUGUGUUUUUAUUUAAAAUUUGAAGAUGCCGAUGUAUUUCCUGAUAAGACAUGAUUAAAUAAUAUACUUUACAUUAGUUCCAAUAAUGGACCAAAAUUAUGGUACUGUAAUUUUUUAAAUAAUUAUUUCUGAUGUAUGAGAAUUUAACUGAUGUGUCCAAUGAUUGACAUAUGCCUUUAGGAAUAAUAGCGUGUGAAACUAUUCUUGUUUUGUUUGUUGGUGGCGUCGUAUGUAAAUAACGAACAAUUCCCCUUAUGCACCAAGCAGAAUAGUAGCAGUCAUUUUAUUAUUUAUGUGUUUGAAAAUAAAUACAGAUAAGGCGCGAUCUACAAAUUAUCCCCAACGACAGAAACGGGUUUGGAAAAACUAUACUACACACGCGUCUGGGAAAACGAUCAUCUAAUUAUUGUGCCUCAUGAAUAUUAAUAAGCUAAGCCAAUAUUUCAGAGACACGUCCGAACGGGGUUGUGCAGUUUAACAUGUUUUCCAUUAUUCCUAUUGUUUUCAAUGACAAACGCGUCUGUGUCGUUGGACCAGGUCCCGGUUGAACUUGUGUUUUCGUACGUAUUUAAGAUGGGCCUAUAUUAUCUGAGAUAUCUUGUUCUGUCAGGGAGAUAUUCAUUAGGUAAUUCAUAUUUAUAUGUUGUAUAUUUAAUUUUCAGUGAACACAAAAGAUUGUAGAAAAAUGUAUUUCUGUACAAAUUUCAUUUAAGAUAUAAGGAUGCACACAAAUUAACAAGCCAUUGUAGUGUUGUGCAAUAAAUAUGAAAUUAAUUUUAAAUA